AUGGAUCCAACUGCCAUAUUUUGGUUUAUUUAUUCGUUUUAUUCUGCUACCUUUAUUUGGAAUUUUUAUUUAACUUUGCGACAAUAUAAUGUUUAUCGUAAAACUGAAACUAGGCCAGAGGAAGUUUAUGAAAUUAUUUCUGAGGAGGAUUUUGGUUAUCAUCGAAAUUAUUAUUUGGAUAAAUUGACCUUUGAUUCUUACAAACUUAUAAUUCUUUUUUGUAAUCUGAUUCCUUGGCUUUGGUCAAUUUGUGGCAGAUAUGGACUUUUUAUAAAACCAGAGAGUGGGGAGAGUUUUCAAUCCGUUCUUUUCAUUCUUUUUUAUGCCUUUAUUGAAGGACUGAUAGAAUUGCCUUUUUCAUAUUAUGAAACAUUUUAUAUUGACUUGAAGCAUGGAACUAAAAAUGAGACUGUGUCUUUCUUCUUCAUUGACCGAGCCAAAAAAUUUUGUUUAAUUCUUUUAAUUUCAUCACCUCUUGUGGCUGCUAAUGCUUGGAUUGUACAAGAGGGUGGACAAUAUUCUUAUAUUUAUGUUUGGGCUUUUGUUUCUGUUUACUUGAUGUUGAUGGCUUUUAUUUAUCCAGAUGUUAUUGCUCCACUCUUUGAUAAAUACACUCCUCUUCAAGAAAGUGAAUUGAAAACAAAAAUUGAGGCUCUAGCUAACAAAAUUGGAUUUCCGCUUAAAAAUAUUUAUGUUGUAGAAGAAUCUAAACGUUCAACACACAGCAAUGCUUACAUUUUUGGAUUUUGGAAGAAUAAAAAAAUUGUUCUUUAUGAUACACUUCUUGGCGAGGAAAUGAACAAAUCAAUACAGGCUGACCAAAAAACCGAAUCAGAAACUACAACUAAAACAAGUUCAGAGACAUUUGAGGAGGAAACGAAUUCAAAAACAACCAACAAAACCUUGGAGGGAGAAAGUCUAAAUAUGCAACAUGAUGAAAUUGUAGCCAUUCUCGGGCAUGAAUUGGGUCAUUGGUGUGAGUACCAUUCAAUGUGGAUGUUUAUUUUUGCUGAGGUAUGAGUUGAAUAAUUGGUUAAAUCCGUCCAUUUUUCAGUUGAAUAUGCUUCUUGUAUUUUUUGUUUUUGGUUCUUUACAUCAACAAUCCAAUUUAUAUUUGGCAUUUGGUUUCCUUUCAUCGGCACAACAACCUUCUCUAAUUGGAAUUCUUCUAGUCAGUCAAUAUGUUUUUGCACCUUACAAUGAAUUAAUGUAUUCGGCUGCGUGUUUUAUGAAGCGUCGCUGUGAAUUUGCUGCUGAUGCUUUUGCAGCUCGAUUGGGAUUCGUCUCGCAGCUGAGCACUGGGCUUGUUAAACUGG